ACAAGGGCACGGCAGCGUAGGACAUCCCCACCAUGCCCACCCCGGCAGCAGUCACGUAGGCCAGCACGGUCUUGUUGCGGGUCCUCCAGUCGUACUGUGAUCCGCCGCCCCGGAACCCCCGGGAUCCCCGCGGCCGCCAUACUGUCCAGGGCAGAACGCUGCACCACAACCCCCGGCUCCGGCCCUGCGCCCUCCACACUGACAUCAUGCUGCUCACACCGUCACGUGCCGCCGGAAGCGCCGCGAGAUUUCCGCUCUCGCUCGGCAAUCGGAGCCGGGACUGGAGCCGGAGGACUAGGGCUUAUUCUCCCGUGCGCCUCGCUGUACUCGUAUGAGGCUGGCGACUGAGGACGGAGCAGGUCUAACUGAAGUGCUUCAUCAUGGCAAACUCCAUUAAAAUAAGUGAGGACUUGAUCCAGACAGUCGCCAUUCCCAAAGAAACCAGCCUUGGCCUGAGCCUUGUUGGAGGCAUUAGCAGAACAGAAGGACCAUUUAUACACAUUAAGGACAUCAUCCCUGGAGGAGACUGUCAAAAAGAUGGACGAUUAAGACCUGGAGACCAACUUGUAUCUGUGAAUAAAGAAUCAUUGAUUGGCGUGUCAUGUGAGGAGGCAAAAAGCAUAUUAAAUAGAGCAAAAUUGAGGAAGUGGUCCUCCUGGGAGAUCUCAUUCAUCAGACAUGGGGAAACACAUCUGGACUCCUUGUUACCAACAGAGAAUGCACAGAAGCGAAUGGACUUUGCCUCAAAGAUGUCUUCUACGCCAGAUUCUACUAAAACCAAUAUGCCAAGCCAAAGUGGAUACUGUAAGGAGCAGCGCUUAUCCACCACUCCAGACAGGGAUAUUGCAGACAUGUCAGUUCCUAAUCAGGGACGCAGCCGUGAAAGGUUGAUUUCUCUCAAUCCUGAUGUCCAACUGAAAGUAGAAAAACUGGAAAUGGCACUGAACUACCUAGGUAUUAACCCAACAGAGGAGCAGAAACAGUUGAUGAAAUCCCAUGUAAAGAUGGAUGCCAAUGGAAAUGUAUUAUUUGGAGACUUUGUGAGGGUGGCCAAAAAGAUCUUCAAUCUGCCUUUACAAGACAGAGAUCUUGGACAGGACCUCAUGAUGCUUAAAGAACAUCAAGUCAGGCAUUUAUUGGACAGUGUGACAACUCAGGUCCAGUCAUGUGAUAUCUCCAGUGAUGUAGACAGACUGAAGAAAGAAAGAGAUGACGCAUUUGCCCAGUUAAAAAUGAUGAAGGAACAAUUCUUGGAAUCGGAAAAACAGAAAAGCCAGUUGUCUGUAGAGCUAACAAAUGUAAAACAGGAAGCCAAAGCUGCCAUUGAGGAGACAAGAGCUCUGCGUAGCCGAAUCCACCUUGCAGAAGUAGCACAGAGACAAGCUAGUGGCAUGGAGAUGGACUAUGAAGAAGUUAUACACCUACUGGAAUCUGAAAUCAUGGAACUCAAAGCCCAACUAGUUGAUCAUUCCGGCCAAAAUAAAGACAGCGAGCAGGAUUUGAGGCGCAGGGUCACGGUCCUUGAUUGCCAGCUGCGCAAGUCAGAGAUGGCUCGGAAAACCUUUGAAGUGUCCACAGAAAAGCUGCUACAGUUUGUAGAGAACAUCCAUGAAGUGCUCUCUGAUGAAAGCUCCACGUUAAAUCUUUGUGAACGUGCCCCAACAUUUUCUUCUCAAAUUACAAGACUGGGCAAGAGUAGAUUGGGUGUCAUGGCAGCUCUUGCAGCAGAAGCUAAAGACCUCUCAAGAUCUGUCCGCUCCCUGAUAGAAGUUGAUUGUCUCCCUUAUGGAUGGGAAGAAACAUACACAGCAGAUGGUAUCAAGUACUUUAUCAAUCAUGUCACAGAAACCACCUCAUGGACUCACCCUGUAACCAGCGCUCUCAGUUUCAGCUGCCCAGAGGAUAGUGGAGAGGACACCCCUAGAGAUCUACCAGAGUUGAAACUGUGACAAUCUUGACUUUACAUUUAACCCCUGACCGCAAACCGUGGCUGGAUUACUAAUCUGUAUUCUGGGCCUAUCUACUGCCGCUGAGAAUGAGAGGUUGCUGCAGGUUACAACACAAGACCAAUAUCCACGUGCAGUGUUAGUUCUGUAAUAUCACUCUUGUUUUCAAAAAUCCUGACAAUUGUUCCAGAGCCAAAAACAUUUGAUCCCAUCUCAUAAUCCUUUUAAACUUCUGUGUGGGCAAGUUUUUCUUGUUGGUCAGCAAAGGAAUGUAAAUGCGUGCCUGUUCAGAAUGCAUCGUUUUGUGUUAACAUUCCAGUGAUUCUGAAAUUUUAGACCCAUGAAUUAUUAAACACAUAGGGGGCAAUGAAUUUACAGGUGAAAGAUGCAAGUUACUAGCGGGGUUGAAAUGCCUGCAACGGUACCGCAUCUCGCACCCCUCGCUCCCCAUUCACAGUUCACACAGUUUUGUACGCAGCCCUUCAGGUAGCCGUAAAGUGCGGCUGUUGCUGCGCUAACUCACGGGCACAAGAACUUCACUUGCAAUUCGAUUUCCCCCAUAUUGUACUAUUACUGUUUUAGUCCGGAAACCCCUUUUAAAUAAUAAGUUCAACAAUAACCGUUAAAGUGUGAAAAGGGAUUUUAGAUUACCUUGUAUAUCCUAGUACUGUAGUGUUGGGAAUUGCAAUAGUGCAACAUCACACAGCCAUAUUUCACCUUCGCUGAGGACCAGUGUAAUCUGCCUGCAACUUCAAUGCCCUGCUUGUUGCUUGUGGUAUAUUUUUAGAUUUUACUUUACGAUUACUUAUCUGUAACAGAAAGCUAGUCAGUGAGGGGUGUUAAACUAUAAAUCCCAGCAUGUUCUCCCCGCCAUAUAUUGUCUACCUCUAGUAAAAAAUGAGUAUUGAUGAAAAUGUUAAUUAUAAAAAAAGCACAGAUUUAUACAAUAUACAGUACCUUUUAUUGUUUGUAGCUACAAAUACGUUCUUCAAAGUUCACCGAGCACUAGUGCAAGUCAUACUCAUGAAGCUAAACACAGGUUACUAUGGGUCAGAACACAGUUAGUGCAAUGGUUUUAAAUCUGACUUUAGAUUUAAAACUUAUGUGUUUGCUUA